AUGAUGGUGCAUUCUAAGAACGUCGGGGUGAAACGAGAAUGCUUCAAGUAUUAUUUGAGGUUGCUUGUAGUAGGUACGCAAUUUCACGUAAAUUAUGUCUACUUGCAAUUCCGUUCACCACGACCUCAUGCAAUGGUCAUUUACAAACGAUUCGAUGACAAAUCCGACUGGACUCCCUGGGCAUAUUUUUCCAGCAACUGUUACACCUACUUCGGCAUGCCAUACAAUGUGGUACCCACAUUUACCCGACCGGAUGAGGUGAUCUGUCGUGAGGAAUACUCGACAUUGCAGCCGAUGUACGAUGGUGAGGUGAUUUUCUCCGUCAUCAAUGGUCGACCGAAUUACGAUCGCUUUUUUGAGGAUGUUGAGUUGCAGCGCUGGAGCACAGCCAGUCAAAUUCGAGUGGAACUAAGAAAGAUGCAUACAUUUGGAGAUGAACGAGGUGCGGAACGUGAUACUCUUCUUACCUAUUAUUUUGCCAUUCAAAAAUUCACCAUUGGCGGCAGGUGUUUGUGUUACGGUCAUGGGAAUGAGUGCCGGAAAAGUACUGGGUUGGGUACCAAGGAGCGCUUAGUCUGUGUAUGCGCUCCCAGCCAUCAUACAACCGGAGACAAUUGUGAACAGUGCACACCGGAUCAUCGAGACGCACCGUGGCAACCAGCUACGCCGGAAAAUCCGAACCCAUGCAAACGUACAAGACGGUUCGAAAUGUGUACCAGAAUGAAGGAGCACAUCGAGAAAUCCAUUCAUUUAAAAAAAAUACCUUGCAAAUGCAACGGGAACUCGCAAUUGUGCGAAUUUGAUCGGCAGCUCUAUGACCAAACCGGAUCCGGUAGUCGAUGUAUCGGUUGUGGGAACAACACGGAGGGGACGAAUUGUGAGCGUUGUAAGACCGGUUAUUAUCCCGAUCCGAUCCGGCCUACCGUGUGCCAUCCAUGUGCAUGCGAUCCGGUCGGGACAAUUGACGGUCAGUCUACAUGCGCAUCGAACGGUCAGUGCCAGUGCAAACCCGGUGUGGGUGGGAAACGGUGUGAUCGGUGUGAGGAUAACUAUUACGGAUUCAGUGCCGGUGGUUGCAUACCAUGCCACUGUAACGAGGCCGGAAGCUACGAGAAUCGGGCUUUGUGUGACCCGAUGACCGGGCAUUGCCAAUGUAAACAGAACGUGGUCGGAAAACAAUGUGAUAAAUGCAAAUUGGGACAUUUCGGUCUCAUGUCAAACGAUCCAUUGGGCUGUAAACCUUGUGUUUGCUCUUGGCAUUCAUCUGAAUGUUCUCUCGAUACGACCGCCUUGGCUAAUAGCUACGAUCACAUUGGCAAGUGGCUAUUCAGUAUCGUUAGUGAAAACGGAAUCAAGAUCAGUCUAUGGCUCGGAAUGGAGGUAUGUGAAGAGGAUUUGUCCAGUUUGGUGGAACCGGACAAAGUGGUAUUCACGUGUCCACCGGAGCAAAACCCAUGUGACGUCUGCCUGCAAACGGAUGGUCGAAACCUAUUUGUGGGCUGCAACGGGACACGCGAAGGAUACCUACCGUGUUUGUGUCAACUGGAUUCCAACAAGUGUCCGUUCUGUUCCCUGGGUCAGUGUGACUGCCAGGACAACACUGGAGGUUUGUUUUGCGAUCGCUGUGCUGACGGUUAUUAUGGUAACGCGUUUUCUCCAAUCGGCUCAAAGCAAGCGUGCAAACCAUGCCCUUGUCCGACCGGUGCGAAGUGCGAGCAGGUCUUUUGGCCGGAUAAACCAAUCGAAGUUGUUUGCAAAGACUGCCCGGGCAAUCGAACAGGUGUUCGAUGCGAACGUUGUGCACAGAACUUCUAUGGAGAUCCCGACAAAGGAAUCCCAUGUCGACCAUGUGAUUGUUCGAACAAUGUGGACCCACGUGAUUUUGGGAACUGUGAUCGGACCACUGGUGAAUGUUUGAAGUGUUUGUUCGGAACAACUGGACGUCAUUGCGAGCUUUGUCUGCCCGGUUAUCGACGCAAUUUCCAACAACUGAAUGAAACCGGUGUCACCAACGGUACACUGAUCCCGGCACGAGGUUGCAGUCCUUGCUACUGCGAACCGUUGGGCACCCUGGCCAAUUACGGUCCGGAGGGAAUUGGUGUGUGCAAUCCGGAGACAGGUCAGUGCCCGUGCAAACCGGGCGUUGGUGGACAGCAGUGCCAGGAGUGCUAUCUCGGAUUUUAUGGCUAUCAAACAGGGCAGGGCUGCAAACCGUGUGAUUGCGAUUCGAUCGGAGCUGUUGGCGAGGCAUGUGAUGAUCGUACGGGCCAUUGUCAGUGUCGCCCCUUCGUCACCGGACGUCAGUGUGACAAAUGCCUUCCGGGCUAUUUCAACCUGACUAGUCUACACGGUUGUCAGGACUGCAAAUGCGAUCCAUACGGUUCGGAAAGCAAUCAGUGUGACGAAGACGGACGAUGCCAGUGUAAACCGUUUGCCGUUGGGAAAAAGUGUGACAAGUGUCAAGAAAAUCAUUACAACCUUGAAGCCGGUUGCCUUCCCUGUCCUGCUUGUUACAAUCUUGUCCAAGCCCGUGUUGCUAAAUUAUGGGGCAUGUUGGAAUCAGUAUUCGGUCCACUUCGACCGGAUUCGAAACCUGGCAGUGCAAUUGGUCCAGAUGAUAAGGAUUUGCAAAUGGAAAUUGUCAAGUUGAACAGCACUGUGGUUACAUUAUAUCGGACCGUGCUGGAUAUAGGAGCGCAAAGCUCUAUCACACAUCCAGAUCAGCUGACAAGAACAAUUGAAUCCCUGGUACGGCAAGUGGACAACAUUAAGCAAGAGGCAGACUUGAUCCGGACACAGCCGCCAUUGUGCAACGGUGUGGAUAUUGAUCAGGUGAUUGAUCGGCUACAGAACGAAGUGAACAACGCUUUGCCCAUUCUGCUCACGUCGGAUGUUGCCGAUACGAUAGAACAGUUGCGUCGAAGUGUUUCGUUGAAUGACACGGACAAGGAACUCACGGAGACCGCAAACGAUGUCGCCGAACUAGUCGGAAGUUUUAAGAAACGAAGUGAUUCCCUGCGAGAAGGAGUUGAAAAAGUCAACCGUUUGCUCAUUAACGGAACGGAACGUGUAGAUCAAGCCGAAGUGGCUGUCAAACGAUCAAAAACAUCGUACCAGAUGAAUCAACAAAGUCUGAUAUUCUAUUCGAAAAAUGAGUAG